AAAAGAUACAAUUUUGUUUCAAAGGGAAGAAGCCCCAAAAUGAAAAUGAUGAGGAUUAGGACAUUAAUGGAGAAAGUUUACAUGGAGGAUCAUGUUUUAAAAUAAUUAUCCUUUUGUGGAUCGCGACCUAAAUAAGGAGAGACCGAAGGGGACCUCAUAUUUAGGAGAAUGAUGUCCUGUUGGUUUGAAAAGAAAGAUAAGUCCUACUAAUUAUUGGAAGUCCUGAAAAUUAAAAUGAAGGAAGUAGGGUUGAAGGUUGACAUCAAUGGUUAAUGGGCAAAACCUUUCAAAUAUUGGUGCCCCACUUAAUAUAGUAACAAAAUUCGGAUAACAAAAACAUGAA